GUCUACAGAAUUAAUAAUUAAGACUAAAAAGCUCUUUGAUUUACAAUAUGGCAAGUCUACCUCUAUGGUCCCAGUGUAACAUAUGACUUCCAAUGACCAGCGGAGGCCCUGACAAUAAAAAUUCUGUCACAUAAAGGUGUAAACAUGCACACAAGCCUUAGUAGCUGCAGAUAUUUUACCCCUUUUCUGCAGCUUAACCCUUAAUUAUGCCUAAUUCCCAACCUCCAUAUCACCAGUGUUAGGAAGGUUACUUUGGAAAUAUAAUAGAUAACUGAUUAUAAAUUACCCUAUUUAAAAUGUAAUAGUAGUCUAUGUAAUCUAUUUCAAUAUCUUUAUCAAAGUAAUGUAACUUUUUACAUUUAAUUGCUUUUGAGCAUUUUUUAAUGGAUGUUUUUAAGUGUUAACCAUUUUCAAAAGACAGCUUAAGAGCCAAUUUAAUACCCCCACCCCACACACAAACACAUACACGCACACACUUGAUCAGAAUGUACAUAAGCGCGCUACAGGACAGCUGGAGUCCACGUACUGUUGGCCAUAUUGCGAAUGUAAAGUUUGUUAUUUUAUUAAUGUGAAUAUAUGGCUGCGAAAAGGGAACAUAUAAACUAGUGAUUCCCAACCAGGGGUACCUUGAGCGGGAAAAUAAAACAAUAAUGAUAAUAAUUGCAAAAUAAUUUUCCUCAAUAACAAUGUAACAGGUGUUCAAUAUAUCAUCAAAAAAUGUUUGAUUUAAUUCAUUUGAAUCACAAAUGAUUUGGCACUUAGUUUUUCUAUUAAGAUAUUUAUUUUGUUGAGGGGAAAAAGACAGAAAAAAGAGUUACUAAUCAUAUUUUUUGAAAAAAGUUCUACCUCUGAUUUAUGAAGUGAUUCACUGUUUUGCAUCAAGUGUCAUGUUCUGACCAAAAGUUUAAAACCACAAUUAACCAUCUGGUUUCUUCAAUUUUCACUUAGGAGAAAAAUCAGCCUUUAAACUUAAAAGAAAUAUUGAUUUGACAUUUGUUGUGCUAAUUUUCCAUCAAUUGGUAUGAAAUUAUUUUAUUGUGAAAACAUUUUUGGCCACAGGGAGUCGCCCAGCACUACUUGUACCCCAGGGGUACUUCUGUGGUUACCAGGGGAUGCGUGGAAAAAAUCGUUAAGCUCAGCUAAUUUGAUUUGAUAAUAUAUCUACAUAUUUAUCAACACACAAGUAAGAUUACAAAUUUGUGUAAUGCUGAUCUUCAUAGUUAAUGUCACAAUAACUUACCAGUGGUGGUCUGCACAAGACAUACUUAAAGACUACACUAAAAACUAAAAACUACAAAAAGCUAUUAGUAAAGAUACUGUAAAUGAUAUUGUAAACAGUUUUUUUGUCAUUCCAAACGGCGGUGCAAAAUAACUAAAAAAAAAAAACAAUUAAACAAUGCCAUAAAGCCAUCCCGUGAUCAUAGACUUCCCGUGAAAAGGGGGUAUUUCAGACAACCUGAUAGUCAUUUGCAACCAUGCUACUGUUGAUUGUUUAUAAUACAAAUGUGCUUAUAUGUCGAGCAGGGUAACUGAAGUGAGUAGUUGCAUCUAGCUAGUUAACCGCUACGCUAACGUUUUCUCCGUCUUUUGUUUAAUCCCUCUUAUUUGACUGCUGUAACCAGUUAUACUUAGCAUUUUUUGUUGUAUUUUCCACGACAUUUGGUUUGAUUUACUAUAAUUUCGGACCGUUAUCGUUGUUUGCAGCACAAAACAGUGAGAAAAGGAUCGCAUUUCAGUGACGUCUCCCUAAGAUGGUCCAAUUAGAUCGGGGAACGCAGAACGAGCGUUGAUGACGGUACUACAGGGUAUUUUUAUUUUUUUUUUCACCGUCUGGUCGGCCACCAUUUUGGGAGUCAAAACACCCAACAAAUAGCGCACACCUCCACGCUUCUCCGUGGCCUUACUAUGGUUCACACGUGUGUGGUGGCAGGCUGCAGGAACAGAAGGACACCGGGCACCACCUUAUCUUUCUACCGGUUCCCCCGGGACCCCGAGAGGAAGCAGCGCUGGAUAGCUGCUGUGAACCGCGAGGGCUGGGUUCCAAACGACGGCAGUCGGCUGUGUAGUACUCACUUCAUCUCAGGUAAACAGGUGAAGAAUCCACGUUCGCCAGAUUAUGUUCCUUCUGUGUUCACAGCAGCUCCCUUAUCCCCAGAGAUGAAGGAGCCAGGUGCCUUAGAGACCAUGGACAAGCAGGAAGCACGUGUGGAGGCGGCCAACGCCUUGUUGUUCCUGCAGGGCCAGGGCAGGUCUGUGGGGGAGCUGGGCCAGGAAGAGCAUCCUGACGAGAGGGAGCUGGGGGCCGUUGUGGAGGAAAGUGGGUCCUCCUCCCUAAGCACUGAUGAAGACGAUGACGAUGAAUCUGUGUGUGACAGCAAGAAAGGGAAGUUCGCUCAGACGUCCGAUGCACCUGUUAACUUUGACGAUAUCCUGAAAGCCCUGAAGAAGGAGAACCAGGCCCUCAGGGAGUCUGUGGAGAAAAUGUCCCUUUCUGAGAACUCGUUGAGGAACGAUGCAGAGAAAGUAAAGUUCUACACUGGUUUACCCAACUACUUUGUCCUAGAGACGGUCAUGUGGCUGCUGGCACCUCACAUGGACGGGAUGAAAAACAUGAAGCUCUCCAAGUUCCAGCAGCUGCUGUUGACACUGAUGCGUCUCCGUCUGGACCUCCGCAACCAGGACCUGGCCUACCGCUUUGGUGUUAAAGUCGGCACAGUAACCAGAAUAGUUCACCAGAUGGUCAACAUCAUGUCCUCCACUCUGGUGCCGACAGCCGUCUUCUGGCCUUCCAGAGCUGAGCUGCGGAAAAACCUUCCUGCAGCUCUGCGCACCUCCCACCCCGACUGCGCUGUCAUCAUAGACUGUUUCAUGGUGCCUUUUGAGGAGCCGGUUUCCAGGGGCAGUCAGCAACAGCAGAGGAUGGUGCCAAGUGCUCAGGGGGUGGGGACAAGUUAUAAUGUGUUAAAGUAUCUGAUUGGUGUGGCUCCGCAAGGCGUGGUCACAUUUGUCUCUAGGGGCGUGCUGGGAAACGUCAGCGACAAAAGUCUGGCUGAGGGCUGCGGGUUUCUGUGCAAGCUCCUUCCAGGUGAUGUGGUGUUGGCGAGUCGCGACCUCAACAUUGCCGAUUCUGUGGCCGCCCGCGGAGCCCUGUUUAAAAUUUCUGCCAGCUGCCAAGGAGAGGCGUACGGCAGCUCAGAGAGCUCGCCACUGGCUGAUACUUCCUCUGAGGCACUGAGUGUGCAGAGGCAUGUGGAGAGGGUGAUCUGCAUGGUGAAGCAGAGGUACGCCAUGCUCACAGGCCCUGUCGAGAGCCCCUUCACCACGGCCUCUGAGCGCACAUCAAACCUCUCAACCUUUGAUAAGAUUGUGCAAGUAGCCUGUGCCUUAAACAACUUGUGCAUCUCUGCUGCUCCACUAGAGUGAUUCAUACAGGAAAUGCCUGGUGCUCCUUAAUGCUGGUCAGGCAUUUAACUUCCCUUUACUGCUUUGGACCUUUUAUUCCAUGUUCUCCCACUACAUCCCUGUGUCAACACUAUGGUUACUACAUGAACUUAUUACAUACCCAGUUUUAUUUACUCUUUCAGUGUACGUGACUCCCUGUUAUCUAAGUGGAUUUGUACUCGAAAAUAAGCGCACCUCUCCCAAAUCCAGAAACCACUUUGUGAAGAUGUGACAUGACCCCUGAUGGCAGGCUUGCAAAGGAUGUUUUCUUUAGGCUUUGAAUGAGAACUUUGUGAGUAACUUUUUUUCUUUUUCUUUUUUUCUUUUCAUUUGCAAAAAAUUAUAUUGCAGUAUUAAACUGCAAGUUUGGGCGGUGCAGGCAAUGUUCCUACUAAUCCAAUCCUAUGUGAUGCAAGACUUUUUUUAUUUUUAAAAUCUCUAACAAAUACAAUAACAGCAGCUGACUUUACUGAUAACUUCCUCCCUCUCUUGCAGAAAGAGGGUUUGUUGGUUAAACCAGCUGUUUUGUCGCCUCCCUUCUUGUAUAUUUUGAGAACAGUGCGCACACACAAUACAAAGAGAUAUAAAACAGGUUAAAACAAGAACAGCAUGCAUACAAGUUUCUGCUGCCUGUUCAGCAUGCAGAAAUAGAAACAUGUUAUGGUAAAUGGGGGGGCUUAUGAGGGGUGUACAUUUUUUGCCUGCCAGCUAGAUUUCAUAACAAUAGAAUAUAGUCACUCCGGGAUGAUUAGCUACCAGUACAGGCAAACACCACCCACAGACCAAUUUACUACCAUAUGGCCAGAGUUUGGUGUUAAUUUAUCUAUGCUCGCUGGGUUUUUAUCAACACACCUCAUUUCCAGGUUGUUUUUUUUUCUGCAAUAGCUUCUUGGUUAAAUAGCAGAUGUCCUCUUCAACAGGGCUUCAUUGUUAAUAUUUACACAAACUAAACAGUCCUACAGAAAUGUAAACUGCCGGGUGUUUUUUAAAAAAACAAACAAAAAACAACGAAAUGGACCAAAAAGAUAUAAUACUACAAUGCCGCACUCAUGGAGCCAGGUAAAUGUUUGUCCACUCACUGGUUCCAAUCUAGGCUGUAUAAUAAACAUUGAUGUCAACGUUUAGCACUCCACACUAGUGUUUUUGCAGGUAACUUUAAAAAAAAAAAAGUUUAGCGUUUUCCCAAAAUGGUUAAGUUGAAGGAACAAGCAUGGUUGUUCCCCGUGUUUCUAGGUUGAUUUUGUGUUGGUGUUGGUCUAACAUCAACACAGCAGGGAGCAGGGCAAACUCUCAGAGACAGCUGUCAAAAACAUUUGACAGGCAGGCCUUUGUGUACGGACAUUAAGCCCCUUGGAGAAUGUACAUUUAAUUUCUGACUGUUUAAUUCUCAUUGGCUUGUUUCAAUGCAUUCUGUUUAAAUGAUUAUUGAACAGUUUUGGAUCAUGUGUGGCGUUUCAAGAAUGGGUGCCCAGCCAUUAAAAUGCAUUUUUAAAAAUAUGUUUAAUAAAUUUAAGCCAUGUAGGAGAAACUAGCAAGAGGCCGGUAGACGGGUAGGCCAGCCAAUCAUUUCAUUGGGACCAAAUGAAAUGAUUGGCUGUGAUUAUUACAGUGUGCGACACCCACAGAAUGGAUUUUCAAAUAUAACAAAAAAGCUACUAAACUAAACUGGACACCCCAGCUUUAAGCUAAGAUAUGGGCUUACAUGUUGUCACAUAAACUGAAAGAUCUGUUUAUAGCUUUAGAAAACAUCUCAUUAUGAUUUUAGAGUUACCUGGGUAAAGACCCUGCUCAUUGAAGUGCGACUUUUGUUGUCCUGCAUUGCUGGUGCCUUAGUUUGUAAAGCUGGGACUGUUGUUACAAAUCAGCCUGUUUUUUUGUUUUUGUUUUUGUUUUUUUUCUUCUACAAAUGUUUAUUUUUGCAUCGUACAAUAUGCUUUCGACACCUUACUCUGCUAAACAGUCAAGCACCUAAAUGUUAACAAAGCACCCCUUAUUCGUUAUUCACCAAGUUUAGUGUGUGUACAGUAGGAAAUUAUAAAAUUAUGUUUUAUAUUAUUCACCCUUCUAACAUUUAUUGUGUAUACAUUUUAAAUGAUGUCAAUUAAUUAUACAUAGAUUAUAACUAUUUAUAUCUCUUACAAAAGAAUUUCCCCUUGGGGAUCAAUAAAGUAUUUCUGAUUAAGAGAACAUUUUGAGGGGUUAAAUGGUACAACAGCGGUUCUUGUGCUUUGGCUCAGGACCCCAAAAUCAAUUUGAGAAAGUUUCUUCACAUGAUGAGAAGCUUGUUACAACAAUAAACACUGAACUGGCUCAGUUCUGUUGCCAGGCUUUAAAAUGUUGUUGCUUCAUAAGCAGUGUGAGCUUCAGAUAUGUGUGCUAUGGUAGCCCAAAGUCGAAUGUGCCUUCUGUUCUCAGGCCGCUGGAUGUUCCCAUCCAUGGAUGUCUUUCCUGAACAGUUAUGUUUGUCUUGUGCAUGUAACGUAUGCUCGCAUCAGACUGAUUUUCUACGGUGGUUAGUGAUGGUACUUAUCACUGCUAAUGUUAACUACCCUGUCGUUCUUCUGCUUACUCCAAACAAACCAGAAACUUAUCAGCAUUAACUUGUGAACUUGAGUGCUCCUUGGUUUUAAAGGAAGGAGAAGAGAGCUUUUUAGACAGGUGAAUUGCUGCUAGACUGAGAGUAAUCAUUUGAAAGUGGGAGCAAGACAGUGGGAUGGUUACUAUGGCAUAUUUUUCUUACAAUCUAAUAUUUUAUUUAUUGCAGUUGCUGCUUCUGAAAGCAUAAUAAUGCAUCGCUUCCUCUAUACUAGAGGAUUGUGAUCAGGCGAGAUCUGCCAAAUACUAGUUUAAAUAAUAGUGAAGAGCAAAACCUUUGUUAAAUGAAUGCUGGUUAAAUCUAUAUUAUGCUCUAGCAGAAAGAACACAACUUUUCAUUUGUUGUUUUAUAUAAAGGAGAGUAGUGUUGAAGGUUCUUCCACAAAGCUCCUUCUAUAAAAUGAGCAAUGCAAAAGUUUCAAGGUUGAGUUGAAUGAAAUAUCUUCACAGACAAACUAGUUAAUGUAGGUGAUUUUUGUAAACACAAUAUUUUUUUUCCAGUUUCUCACACUGCAUUUAUGUUGCCCUGUUGUUUGCCUUUUAUUGUUAUGGGUGCAUGUGCUUCCAUGAUGUGUAACCUUAAAAUUUGUAAUUUCUUGGUCAGGUUUUCUUAGUUACUGCCUCUGUGACUGAAAAAUUAAAAGUUUGAGAAAUGCAA